GACUUUAUACAAACUUCCAAAUCCCAUACAGUGACAAACAAUUAGACGGGACCAUGCUGCUAUGGAACCGUAACCUGCUUUCCCCAAAAAUUAAAUUCCAACCAACGUGGAAUUGCAGAAAACACAAGUCUUCACAAAAUCCCAGGAUGAGGGAUACUUUCAAAUACAAAUAAAGAAUAUCAUAGGUUUUUAUGGCUAGUCGGGGAAACAAUCUGGUAAACCAUGGACCGAGUAUUCUCAGCUUCUUUCUCCCGAUCCUGCACCCCAUUCUGCCUGCCAUAUAGUGCUCGGACUAUUGCUGGUUACUCUUAUUCAUGCCCUAAAUUCCUCCGCCGAAUGAGCGAUGUAUCAUGGCAAAGACCUAUUCAUUGUGGAUAUUCACAAAAUAAAGACUCGAGUUUACCUGUAUUGAAGGAGGUUCGAGCAACUGACCUCUCAUUGCGUGCAUCAAAUCUGCGUGAGACUCCUGUACGAGGAAACGUGAUUCGAAGAGGUCAAGCUUUCAAGCAAUUAAUAAUUCUAGAUUUGAAUGGAGUUUUGGUCAGGACAUAUCCUCGACAGCAGAUAAUUAAUGUUCCUAAGGGACCAUCAAUGCUUUUGAGAUACAAACAGAUAUAUUUUCGGCCGAAAUUGUCACAUUUUAUUGAUAAAUGUCUUGAUUCAUUCGAAAUUGGGAUAUGGUCAUGUCUUAGAAUGGAUAAUAUUAAGAUUAUCCUCAGAAAGUCACUUGGGGAAAAAAGGAUGGAUAGAUUGCUUUUUAUCUGGGAUCAGAGCUGGUGUACAGUACAAGGGCAUGAGAACACGCCAUAUGGAAAUAUUAGGCCAAUUUUUCUGAAAGAUUUAAGUAGUGUUUGGCAGGCUUAUCCACAAUAUGGACCAGAAAACACACUCUUCAUAGAUGAUAGUGAAUACAAGUUGAAAACUAAUCAAAAUCUGAAGUAUGUUUGCCCUAAGACAUAUGAUCCAGAAGAUAAAGAAAUCGACCAGUCUCCAUUCUUUUUGUGGAAUACUAUCAUAGAUCAUAUGGAUGAAUGUAAACAUAUUACUGGUGACGAUCACAAUAUGAUCAGAACUGACCAGGCACAUGUUUAACGCUAAAUUAUUCAUUAAAUGGUUUUGAUAUUAAACUUGCUUAUGUAAAUACUUUUUCAGGGGAACAGAUGAACACUCUUAUUCUACCUUUAGAACUGACAUGGACAAACAAAUUCAUCAUCCACCUACUGUACAUUAUAAUCAACAAGGUCAGCCAUGUGGAUUGAAUGCAUGCUACAGUACAGGGUAAGAUACGAUGAGGGGCAUCUAGAAGCAUCUAAGACAACAGACAAGGCCCAUCUUCAUUUUGGUUGUUAUAUAUUCAAUGAAAAUUUGGUUUCUCCUGUUUCUAGCAAUUUAUGCAAGAAUCAUUUGCAGUGCUAAAGAAAGUCUUAACCUUGAAUCAAAGCGAUUAAUAUGAUUUACAGUACACAUUAUUUGCAUUGCAAAUGGCUGGCCAAAAAUACUUAUGUAAUCAACCCGAAUCUAGCCUUCUAGGGUCUAAAGCCUUGCAAGGGAGCUCAUUGUUUUGAAAGAUGUUAGAAAAAAGAUUUUUUUUUAAUGUAUUCAAGUUCUUAUGUGGGCUUAUUCUGAAACA